UGACUCUCAGCUCCUAGAGUACCUUCAAGCUUGCACGCUUCUUUUUCUGUUGUUGUUGCAUUUCCUCUUCUUAACAUUUUUUCGCACCUUUGGGUUAUGAAGAAAAAAAAGCACACCCAUCUCCACACACGCACUCUCAGCGGGGAAAUACCAGUCGUCUUCAGCCUGAAUAGCAUUUGUUUGGGUUCGCUUGCGCUUCUCGAGAAGACGUUCUAGCGCACUGAUAAUCGAGGAAGGAAAGAAAAAAAAGAAGAAAAGAAGAAAAAGGAGGUCGCGGUGGCCGCUGCAUGGAUGGUGGAUUAUUUCGCCCCUUCCUCUGCAUCUCACUGGAUCUAACAAAUACUACCCAGAUACCGUGCAACUGACAAGAGGAGAGCCUAGCGGUUCCUUUCCCAAAGACCCAGCAUGCUGUUAAGGCUGUGAACAAACUGCUUCUGAGAAUUCAGAUCUGGUUAACUCACUGGGGUGUGUGAGCCAGUGAGAACAAGCCUGCCAAAGGAUGCUGGUGCCAAUCUGUCAAACGAUGCACAUAGAUAGGCCAUUGGUGGUACUCUUGUGCUUCCUCUUCCUGGCUGAUGCUGAGACGCCACCAAAGUUUACACGAACUCCCGAAGACCAAACAGGUGUCUCGGGAGGAGUAGCAUCUUUCAUUUGCCAAGCAACGGGAGAUCCACGACCUAAAAUUGUGUGGAACAAGAAGGGGAAGAAAGUCAGCAACCAGAGAUUUGAGGUGAUAGAAUUUGAUGAUGGAUCUGGGUCUGUGCUAAGAAUUCAGCCUCUGCGCACUCCUCGAGACGAGGCUAUGUAUGAAUGUGUUGCCUCCAACAGUGUUGGGGAAACUAGUGCUUCCAGCAGACUCACUGUUUUACGUGAGGACCAGCUCACUCAUGGUUUUCCCACCAUAGACAUGGGCCCCCAGUUGAAAGUGGUGGAGCGCACUCGCACAGCCACCAUGCUUUGUGCUGCCAGUGGAAACCCUGACCCAGAAAUAACAUGGUUCAAAGACUUCCUGCCUGUUGACACGAGCAACAACAAUGGUCGUAUCAAGCAGUUAAGAUCAGAAUCCUUUGGUGGUACACCAAUAAGAGGUGCCCUCCAAAUUGAGCAGAGUGAAGAGUCUGACCAGGGAAAAUAUGAAUGUGUUGCAACCAACAGUGCAGGCACACGCUAUUCUUCUCCUGCCAAUCUUUAUGUCAGAGAGCUGCGAGAAGUGCGGCGUGUUCCACCUCGAUUUUCUAUCCCACCCACAAACCAUGAGAUAAUGCCUGGUGGCAGUGUAAAUAUCACAUGUGUGGCCGUGGGUUCACCGAUGCCAUAUGUGAAAUGGAUGCUAGGCGCAGAAGACCUGACUCCUGAGGAUGACAUGCCAAUAGGCAGAAAUGUGCUGGAACUCACAGAUGUCAGGCAGUCUGCAAAUUACACAUGCGUGGCCAUGUCCACCCUCGGUGUUAUAGAGGCUUUCUCUCAAAUUACAGUGAAAGCAUUGCCAAAACCCCCUGGAACACCAGUUGUGACAGAAAGCACAGCCACUAGCAUCACAUUGACUUGGGACUCUGGAAACCCAGAGCCUGUUUCUUAUUAUAUAAUUCAGCAUAAAGCUAAGCUAUCUGAAGAAGGCUACAAGGAGAUUGAUGGGGUAGCAACUACACGUUACAGUGUUGGUGGUCUCAGUCCAUACUCUGAGUAUGAGUUCAGAGUGGUGGCAGUGAACAAUAUUGGGAGAGGCCCACCAAGUGAGCCAGUGGAAACAAGGACAGCUGAGCAAGCCCCUAGUACAGCACCUCGGCAAGUUACAGCACGCAUGCUGAGUUCAAGUACAAUCCUGGUCCAGUGGGAGGAGCCAGAAGAGCCUAAUGGUCAGAUCCAGGGAUACAGGGUAUAUUACACUAUGGAUCCAAGUCAACAUGUCAACAAUUGGCAGAAACACAAUGUGGGGGACACUCGCAUCACAACAAUCAGUGGUCUUACCUCACAGAAAACCUAUCACAUUAAAGUUCUGGCAUUUACCUCAGUGGGCGAUGGGCCAUUGUCAAGUGACAUUCAGGUCAUAACAAAGACUGGAGUUCCAGCUCAGCCAACCAACUUCAAGGCCGAAGCAAAAUCAGAAACCAGCAUUUUGUUGUCAUGGACACCCCCCAAAGCAGAUGCCAUUCUUGACUAUGAACUUGUUUACAAAAAAGGAGAACAAGGAGAAGAGCAACGUGUCACCUUUAAGGCUGACACAUCCUACUUAUUACAGGGCCUGAAACCCUUCAGUACCUAUUUCUUCCGACUAGCUGCCCGCUCCACAUAUGGCCAAGGCGCGGCUACAGCUGAAAUAUCAGCUGAGACCCCACAGACACAGCCCUCGGCUCCCCCGCAAGACAUCAGGUGCACAAGCCCCAGCUCCACCAGCAUUCUGGUAAGUUGGCUGCCACCACCAGUGGAACUGCAGAAUGGAAUUAUUACCAAGUAUUCUAUCCAGUAUGCUGCCAUCGACGGAGAGGAUACCAGUCCCAGGCAAAUCUCAGACCUUCCCCCUGAAACCUCACACUACCUCUUGGAAGAGCUGGAAAAAUGGACAGAGUACAGAGUGACAGUGAGCGCCCACACAGAUGUUGGACCUGGCCCAGAAAGCUUACCCCUGCUUCUUCGCACCGACGAGGAUGUUCCCAGUGGUCCCCCUCGCAAAGUUGAGGUGGAGGCUGUCAACUCCACUUCAAUAAAAGUGACUUGGCGCUCGCCGGUCCCCAACAAGCAACAUGGUCAGAUCCGAGGCUAUCAGGUACAUUAUGUGAAGAUGGAUAAUGGAGAACCAAGAGGUCAACCUUUGAUCAAGGACGUCAUGCUUGCAGAUGCACAGUUGGAAUUUGAUGAUGCUACUGAACAUGAGAUGGUAAUUUCUGGUCUGCAGCCUGAAACAACAUACUCUGUCACUGUGACAGCAUACACAACUAAAGGAGAUGGCAGCAAGCCCAAGUUGGUGUCAACAACAGGCGCAGUUCCAGGAAAACCCAGACUCCUCGUUAGUCCAACCCAAAUGAAUACUGCUCUAAUUCAGUGGCAUCCACCAGUGGAAACAUUUGGUCCUCUUCAUGGCUAUCGACUUAAAUAUGGCCGUAAAGACACAGAGGUCAUGACCACGUUAGAGUUUUCUGAAAAGGAAGACCACUUCACCAUCACAGAUAUUCAUAAAGGAGCAUCUUAUGUGUUUCGGCUUGCUGCCCGCAACAAAGUUGGCUUUGGAGAGGAGAUUGUGAAAGAAAUUUCCAUUUCAGAAGAUAUACCUAGUGGUUUUCCACAAAACAUUGCCACUGACGGUAUCACUUCUUCAACAUUGCAGCUAAGCUGGUCACCACCUGUACUGUCAGAACGUAAUGGUGUUAUUGUCAAAUACACUAUCCUCUACAAAGAUAUUAACAGUCCAUACAAUCCUUCUGAACUUAUUGUCAUGCCUCCUGAAACCAGCGUGACAAUCAGUGGCUUAAAAGCAGAUACCACAUAUGAUAUCAAAAUUCGUGCCUAUACCAGCAAAGGUCCUGGUCCCUAUAGCCCAAGUGUCCAGUUCAGGACACAACCAUUGGAUCAAGCAGUGUUUGCAAAAAAUUUUCAUGUGAAAGUCGCAAUGAAGACAUCAGUGUUGCUAACCUGGGAGAUUCCAGAAAAUUAUAACCCUGCCUUGCCAUUUACAAUUCUUUAUGACAAUGGCCAAAGUGUUGAGGUGGAUGGGAAAGUCACUCAGAAGCUUAUCACCAAUCUGCAGCCUGGAACCCAGUACUCUUUCUUGCUUACAAAUCGAGGUAACAGUGCUGGGGGUCUUCAACACCGAGUGUCAACAAUGACGGCUCCUGAUGUCCUACGUACAAAGCCUUACUUCAUAGGGAAAACCAACUCUGAUGGCAUGUUGACCGUAGAACUUCCUACAGUCCAGACAACCGAAAAAGUGAAAGGAUAUUACAUUAUUGUUGUGCCUUUAAAGAAACAACGUGGAAAGUUUGUGAAACCUUGGGACAAUCCAGAUGAGAUGAAUUUAGAAGAGGUACUCAAAGAGAUUAACAGAACAAGCAGAAGUCUUCGUUUCAAAAGGCAAGCUGAACCAAAGCCUUACAUUGCGGCGUACUUCAGAGAGCUUCCAUCUGAGUUUACACUUGGAGAUCAAAAGGUGUAUGGUGACUUUGAAAAUAAGCAACUUCAGAAUGGACAAGAAUACGUUUUCUUUGUUUUAGCUGUGCUGGAGAUAUCAGAGAAUACAAUGUAUGCUACCAGCCCAUAUUCAGAUCCCGUGGUUUCUGCUGAUAUUGAUCCUCAGCCCAUCAUCGAUGAAGAAGAAGGCCUGAUUUGGGUGGUUGGACCAGUGCUUGCAGUAGUCUUCAUCAUUUGCAUUGUCAUUGCCAUUCUCCUGUAUAAAAGCAAACCAGACAGAAAAAGAGCAGAGUCUGAUUCCAGAAAGAGCAGCAUUCCUAAUAGCAAAGAAAUCCCAUCUCAUCACCCAACUGACCCUGUGGAGCUCAGACGUCUCAACUUUCAGACACCAGGUUCAGGUGUCUUCGGUUACCCUGGUAACCUCCAUUCGUCAAGUAUGGUUAGCCAUCCACCAAUCCCCAUCAUGGAACUUGCUGAUCAUAUUGAACGUUUAAAGGCUAAUGACAACUUGAAGUUUUCACAGGAGUAUGAGUCUAUUGAUCCUGGGCAGCAGUUCACCUGGGAGCACUCCAACUUGGAAGUUAAUAAACCAAAGAACAGAUACGCCAAUGUCAUUGCAUAUGACCAUUCCAGAGUACUGCUUUCUGCAAUUGAAGGCAUACCUGGAAGUGAUUAUGUCAAUUCCAAUUACAUUGAUGGAUACCGUAAACAAAAUGCAUACAUUGCAACUCAAGGUCCCCUUCCAGAGACUUUUGGUGAUUUUUGGAGAAUGAUUUGGGAGCAACGCAGUGCAAAUAUUGUUAUGAUGACUAAGUUAGAAGAAAGAUCAAGGGUAAAAUGUGACCAGUACUGGCCAUCAAGAGGCACAGAGACAUACGGUCUAAUCCAAGUUACGCUGCUGGACACAGUGGAAUUGGCAACCUACUGUGUUAGGACAUUUGCACUUUACAAGAAUGGCUCUAGUGAAAAGAGAGAAGUAAGGCAAUUCCAGUUUACAGCAUGGCCUGACCAUGGAGUUCCUGAACAUCCGACACCAUUCCUAGCCUUUUUACGAAGGGUGAAAGCUUGUAAUCCACCAGAUGCAGGGCCUAUGGUUGUGCACUGCAGUGCUGGUGUCGGAAGAACUGGGUGCUUUAUUGUAAUAGAUGCCAUGUUGGAGAGAAUAAAACAUGAGAAGACUGUAGACAUUUAUGGCCAUGUUACUCUAAUGAGAGCCCAGAGGAAUUACAUGGUUCAGACGGAGGACCAAUAUAUCUUUAUCCAUGAUGCACUGCUGGAAGCAGUAACUUGUGGAACAACAGAAGUGCCAGCCAGAAAUCUAUAUGCAUACAUUCAAAAACUGACCCAGAUAGAAUCCGGGGAGAAUGUAACUGGGAUGGAACUGGAAUUUAAGCGUUUAGCUAACACUAAAGCUCAUACAUCACGAUUCAUCAGUGCCAAUCUUCCAUGUAACAAAUUUAAAAAUCGCCUUGUUAAUAUAAUGCCAUAUGAAUCCACAAGAGUAUGCCUACAGCCAAUUCGUGGAGUGGAAGGCUCAGACUAUAUAAAUGCCAGUUUUAUUGAUGGAUAUAGACAGCAGAAAGCCUACAUUGCCACGCAGGGACCCUUAGCAGAGACUACAGAAGACUUCUGGAGAAUGCUUUGGGAACACAAUUCUACAAUUGUUGUCAUGCUCACAAAGCUCAGAGAGAUGGGGCGGGAAAAAUGCCACCAGUAUUGGCCUGCAGAGAGAUCGGCCAGAUAUCAGUACUUCGUAGUGGACCCCAUGGCGGAGUACAAUAUGCCUCAGUACAUUCUCAGAGAGUUUAAAGUGACAGAUGCAAGGGAUGGCCAGUCACGAACAGUAAGGCAGUUCCAGUUUACUGACUGGCCUGAGCAAGGAGUGCCAAAAUCAGGCGAAGGGUUCAUUGACUUUAUAGGCCAAGUGCAUAAAACAAAAGAACAGUUUGGACAGGAUGGACCAAUAUCCGUCCACUGUAGUGCGGGUGUUGGGAGGACUGGUGUGUUUAUUACACUCAGUAUUGUCCUGGAAAGAAUGAGGUACGAGGGGGUUGUGGACAUCUUUCAAACUGUCAAAAUGUUGAGGACACAGCGGCCAGCCAUGGUUCAAACUGAGGAUCAAUACCAGUUCUGUUAUCGAGCUGGACUGGAGUACCUUGGAAGCUUUGAUCACUAUGCAACAUAAAAAGCUCAAUCCACCCUGGAUUUUACAGCAGGCCCUUUAAGAUCCAGUGAGCCUCUUCUGAGCCAUAUAUUUGUGCUUGAGAAGUACUUGUUAACUUCUAGCUAAAGACAAAAUAAGUGGAAUAUAAAAACAAAAUGAAUUAAAUAAACUAUUCCAGGUGGACCAAGAACUUACCAUUUACCAAUCUGCCCCAAAUGAAUGGAGGAAUCCUGACUGCUGAGGCAGCUUAAAGGAAUGUUGUUUUUUUCAGUUGCCUCAAGGAUUUUCUUUGUGUUGAAAUUUAUAUGGAAAAAAACAUAAUAUGGGCAAAACAUGUACUACUUUCGGGAUUACCUAAAAAAACUGAAUGCACAUUGUAAAAGUGAAUCUUGAAAGUAUUGCAAUCAGAUGCAAGUGGACACUUCAUGAAAUGGACACCAGUUCUUGGUUAAUUACGAACAGAAGACACUACUUCAACAAUGCCCCCUCCCCACACCAUAAUGCUCAUACGUAAAUAUUAGGGAGAACUGGGGAAUGUUUUAAAAUAAAGUUAUUGAUUUAGUUUUUUAGUACUGUAUUAUACUGCUGACCUGUGCUUCAUUUUUAACUGUGUAAACUUAUUUCCCUUUUUUUAACAAAGAUUAUCAUUUAAUGAAGUGAACUAAAACAAAUGGUUGCUUAAGUGUUACUUUUUUUUUAAUCUUGUAGCUU